ACCGGUACCGUGUGUGCGACAGGCCUGUUCGUUGUGUUUUCGUUAUUAAUUGUAAAAGUAAAAUGUUAUUCGUGUUCGUGUUUCGUGUUUCAACUAUGACGACGCUACUUCAGCUGAAUGUUCAACGUCUGACGAUGGCAUUAUAAUGCCGAAACGGCCGUAACUCAAGUUACAACAGAUUGAGCUGUAGACGAAGAAACAAAAUGAGUUCUGAAGAAGAAGAAGUGAUUUUAGUGAGAAAGAAGAAAGCUGUGUUUAAUGAUUCAAGUGACGAGAGCGAGUUAGUUGAAAAGAAUGAUGUCAAAAUCCAAGAUAGGACUAGUGACAGUGAUCAUAAUGACAAGAUAGAAAAUGAACUAGAAGGUUUAAGUGACAAAGAAAACAAGAUCAUAAAGAAACCACGUAGAAUAAAAACGUUUGACAGCAGCUCUGAGAGUGAGCAGGAUAGCAACAGUUCUAAUAAUUUUAUCACACAAAAGCCUAAGCGGUCAAAAACCAAGAAAGGCCUAAAAAAAAACAAAAAUGAUUCCUCAUUCGAUGAGAAAAAUGAACUUUUAGAAGAUAAAAGUGUUUCAUCAGAGGAAGAAGCUAAGGAAUCAGAGAAUGCAUUAAUACAUUUAAAAUCACAAAAAAAUGAGGAAUCUUCAAGGUUGGAAAGCAAAACUGGCAGUAAGAACUUGUGGUACAACAAUACUGAUUUAUAUGAUGCUGAAGGAAGUUCAGAUGAAGAAGACAAAAGAAAAGAAGAGAAAAUUACAACAUUUGAAGAUGAAGAGAAUCGUCUCUCAGAUGGAAACACUACUUAUACAAACUCUUCCAAAAAUAAGCAGCCAAAGAAGCCAACAAAGAGAGGGGAGCGAAAGUCUAAAACAAAAGCACAAGAAGAUAUCAAAACAGAAAUUCAUAAGGAAUCACAGAGACUAUUGAGAGAAGCCCCAAUAUUAAUACCUUAUCAUAGACCCAAGCAAAGAACCCUUGCAGAGUUUUUAGUGCGAAGGAAGUCUACUCCUAAAGUUCCUCUCAAAACUUCAUCAGAUCAAUCCUAUACAGCGUUGAGGGAACUUGAGCAGCGUGAAAAAGAAGCAGAACUUUUUUACAAGUCUGAUUCUUCAGAAGAUGAAUACAAGACCAAGAAAGAAGAAAAGGAUACUGAUGCAUUAGAAGUUGAUCUUGGCAGUAAACUAAAAGAGAAAAGUUCAGAUAAAGAUUGUUCAGGAGUGGUUAAUCCUGGAAAGGAAAAAAUGCUUAAUGAAAGUGAAGACAUUUUUGUAAAUUCUGAAGAUACCAACUCAGUUGUUAGCUUGCAAAACCAAGAUGUGUUACAAACUGUGGAUUCUGAAAAGCAGUCUCACAAUAAAAACGAAGGAUCAGCCCAGUAUUCACAGGAAAGUUUUGGUGAAACUGAAGCUAAGUCGAUACCAAAGAUUGUUAUGAGUGAAAGUAACCAAGAAAGUAAAAAUAAAGAAAUGCAAUUGGAUAACGAAUCUCAAGUUGUCAAAAUAGACUCUGAAAUCACAGAGUCCAGAACAAAUAAUGAAUUUGACAACACAGAAAAUAAACCAGAUUGUGGCUCUAAUAAUUUACUAUCUUGUGAACCAACCAAAAUAGAUAUAGAAGAAAAAAGUGAAACAUAUGAAAGCAGUAUUUAUAACCUCAAGGUUAAGAACAAUUCAGAACUGCCUACAGACGAAUCGAAAGAUGAAAUGGAUGAUUCUCUUCUAUGUGACACAAAUAAAGAAGAAAAUAGUAGAAGUACAUCAGGUACAUUAGUGAACACUGAAGAGUUCAGCUUGAGACUAAGUGAGUCACAAUCAGAAAAUAUAUUAAUUGAAAAGUCUUCAUUUAAAACUUGCCCAGAUGUCAAUAACACAACAACUAAUAAUGAUAAAUCAGCAGAUGAUAGUUACAAACCUAAAGGCUCUAAUACUGAAAGUGACUUCAUGGACUCAGAAGACCAGGAUAAUGAGGAUAGUUGUAAACAAAAUCGGACAGAGACACACAAUGAAGGACUUGAAACAACUCAGCAGCUAUUACAAGAAGAUGAAGUAAAACGUGAGCUGUUCAAAAAGUAUAAUGUCGAGUUAAAGAAAACAAGCGUCAAUGCACCAAAAAUAAUAAGUUCAAAUGAUGGAGUAAUUGAUCUGGAAGAAGGUAUUUCUAAACCAGAGGUCAACCAGCUCAUGAAGAGAUUCAUUACUCAUUUGUCAUAUAAAAAGAAACAAAAGAAAAAAACACCUGUUGAGUUAAGUAUCGUGAGUGCUGAGCGAGAUGGAGAGGGGAAUGUGAGUGGGAUCACUGAGGAGGCAGUGCAAGUGUUGGUGGGGGAGGACGAGGAAGAUGAGGACCCUAGUCUGGCACGGCCUGGUGCCAAGAUGGCACGACUACGAGCUACACUGCAGCAACAGAUAGAGCGCCAACGAGACCAACAAUGGGCAAAGAGACAGCAGGAAGUGAAGCUGUAUGAGGACGAGGAGUUUUAUGAAGGUGAAAAGGAGGUGUGUGAUGGAAUUGAAGAUGAAAUUGAAAACAAUGGGAAUGAUGAAGAUAAUGAUGAAACAGAAGAAGAAGUAGAAGAGGAGGAAGAUGUCAGUGAAAACGAAGAUAAUGAAAUGGAUGAUGAACUAGCUGAGAAAAGAAGGAAACCGAGAAGUGUUUUCCUUGAUGAUGAAGCAGAUGAAUCUGAAGAGGAGAUUUACAGAGGAAAAAGUAGUAAGAGGAAUCAUGAUCAGAAUGAUGAUAACAGUGAUAACGGAGAUGAAUCUGAUGGCUCUUCAACGGAUAUGGAUAGCAGAGAUAAGAAAGAUUCGCCAGAGAAAGCAGAAGAUGUAAAAGACAGAAGCUUUGAAAAGAAAACUGACAGUAAAGGACCCAAUGUCAUCAGUGAUUUUUUCAUCAAAAGACCUCCUCAAAAGAAGUUGUCUCUACCACGAACCAAAACAUCUGAUAUGUUUUCAUCUCAAGAACUAUUAAAAUAUUCAACUGAUGAAGAGGAAUUGCCAUCUUUUCAAAAACCACGUCCCCUAGAUGAACAAGAAGAUGUUGAAGAAAAACUUCCUGAAACACCUUUUACUUCUCCUGGAUUUCAGCUAACAGCUUUGGAAAAUAUGGAUUGCACCAAAUACAACUGGAGUGCUCCAUCAACCCCAUGCAAGGAUUUCCUCAGUCCCCAAGUUGAUACACCAGUCCGAGGCAUCCCUAACCUUGUAGAAAAAUCGCCGCAGGUUUGUUCCCAGGACCUGGAGAAUAUGUGUUCUGGGCAGUUCACCUCCCAGCCUCUACAGGAAAGUGAAGAAAACCAGGACUUUGAUCUUUUCCUCACUGAGGACUCUCAGCUGUCUAGAGAUCAAGUGACUCCUGUGAAACUAACAGCAAGUACAGGAAAAUCAUACUGCGAUGAUGACUUAGACAGUGUUCAGGGAGAAGACGAAGAAGAAUUUAAAACCAAAACUACUACAAAAAAGGUCAAAAAACUGAAUUUUUCAGACGAAGAAGACAACUGUGACGAUGAAAAAGGAGACGAAGCAGAGGUAGAAGCAGAUGAAACUAACGAAAAUGACAGUGACGAGGAGAAUCCUGUUGAACGUGAAGUGGAAUACGAUUCAGAGGAGAAUGAGGUGGAAGUUGCGAAGACAGCGGGACAGUUCCUGGAUGUGGAGGCAGAGCUGUCUGAGGAGGAGUGGAGUAGUGAGGAUGAAGAUGAGCGAGGACUGGACACUCUGGAGAUGGAAGAGGCAGACAGGGAGAAGAUAGACCAGCGACGCCUCAAGCAACAACUUGACCAGAUACACAUGAAGGAGAUGAUGAAGGAGGAUAAGAAGCAGGUGAAGCUGUUACAAGAGAUGCUGCUUGAAGACGGAGAGCUUCAUUCAGACAACAAGAGAGAGCGGCUGUUCCGCUGGUCCAACAACCUAGCUUUUGGCGAGGGAGACAAUAAAGCUGAACUCGACUCAGAUGAAGAAAAGGGAGAAGAAGACGAAGAUGAAGAAAAUUGGAGGAAGACACGGCACGAGAGAGAGCUAUUUCUACAAGAACAUAAAAGUAAGUUAGAGAAGAUGGAGUCACUAGAGCUGGAGGAAUCUGACAGUCAGCUGCUGAGACUCGGACAGAAGGCGCUGAAGAGACUCAACAGUAACAGUCAGGAGCCGAGACUGACUCCCCCCACUCUCUCAAACCCCCUUGCCUCCCCUGAUGCCAAGAAACCAUUUGUAUUACCUAAGAGAGGUUCGUUCCUCAAUAGAGGAGCGCAAACCUUGUCUCGUAUAGCUCAGAUUGUCUCAUCCUCUUCAGACGGUCCCAUCCAUCAACCCAAGAACUCAAGGAACUUUGUUUUUGCAUCAAUUAGUCCAACAAAAGGUGAUCAGGAGGAGAAGAAACCAGAACUGGUACAAAAUAAAAGGAAGAAACCUCAUUUACCUCUGCCCAUUGCCAAGAAACCUUGCAUACAAAAACCAAAGACUGCCAACAACAAAAGUCUCUUCGAAGCUCUAACAAGGGUUCAAUCAUAGUUUAUACAAUACUUAAUUUCUGUAAAUAGUUAGGUUUUAAAUUAAAAUGGCUCUAUUAUUUAAAAAAAAUAGUUGACUUUACUGUUUACAAUACAUACUUCAACCUGUCAUGUCUAUAAUCUUAUAGAGAUAACAGGUUGAAAUAAUUUCAUUGUGUGUUUUAGUACACAAUUUGUUAUGAUUUUAAAGAUUUUUAACUUAUUCUCUUGUAGCCUACUAUUUUGAAAUAACCAGUGUCACGGACAGUGGACACUGAGCUCAUAGUGCUCAUUGUGGCCAUAUUUUUAAUCACAGUAUCCAGGAAUUACAUAUAAUACUGUUACAUAUAAUAUCAAGGUACUCUUUCUAACGGUUUUGUCUCUGGACUUAAAUUGAAUUCACCUUGUGAAAUAAUAUUUACUAGUAUGGGGCAAAACCAUAAUUCAAAUGCUUAUGUCAACAAACAUACUUCUGAUUUCUAAUGGUUAUGUCUAUGUGAAAUACGUUAUGAAGAUUAAAUAAUGUAUUAUUUUACCAUAAAUUAUGUAAAUUUAAAUGUAUAUUGUAUCCUAUCCAUUUGAUUAAGAAACAUUGCUUUUCCUGACAACCACUUGAUUUCAAGUUCAUGUCUAUGAAUGAUUUUAGGUUAAUUUAACAUUAACUCAGUUUUAUUUUAACUUUGUCCAAACAAGUUCUGUAUGAUAACAUCCACUUUCAGUUUCAUGUAAAAAAUUUGAAAACACUAUAAUCCUCUUAAUUUCUUUCAAAGUUCACAAUAAUGCAUCUUACAAAUAAUGUAUGCUUUUGUGUUUAAGUGUAGUACAUAGAACUAGUUUCCCAUUUAAAACUUCACCUUCAAAUGUUUUAAACUCUUAUUAGGGACUGAUGAAAUCAUCUAAUUGCCAGUGAAAGGAAUCAGUUGGAUAGAACCAUAGCCUCCGCUAACAUAAGGCCGCAAUCCCCUCCACUCACCACAGACACUCCGUGUCAGUUUCAAUAAUGUUACGCUGUGGCUUUGUCAUGUCACGCCCAUAUGUACAAACUUUAAACCCAUGUAUAAAACCUCCAUCUGUUAAUCCCGUUUUGUUUUAGUUUUGAAUUUUAAAUGGUCUCAAUAAUAAUAAACAUGUAAACAUUAACAUUGCGCUCUGUAGGUCAGGACUGCAGUGUUGCUACAUUUCCCUCACCGCAGCCUUGUAUUGGAGGAGGCUACAAUAGAACACAUUGUAGAUCAAUAUGUUUGUUAUGAUUAAUUGUAGGCCUAUUACACAUGGUCAUUAAAACUUGUGAUUACAUUUUAUUUUAAAAAAUACCCCAGAUUUAAAUGUGUAAUCAACACAUGUAUUGUAUCACUAUAGCUGCAACAGUCAGGGUUUUUUAUUAUUCAAAACAUAAAUUGAUAACAUUUUCACAUGCCAUUGUUACAUCAGUUGCUGCUGUUAAGUAACAUAAAUAACUUAGUUGAAAAUUACACCAUUGUUUAUCCCUCUUGAUGCUUGCAAUCUGCAUUAUCAGUGCACCUUCUAAGUAUGCAAUGAGAUACAUUGAACUAAGAUAUCUGCAACAGAAAAUGAUUCAGAAGUAAAUAUUUCUAUCCUGGUUUACUGCAGCGAAUAUCUUGCUGCAGUCACAAUUCAAUCAAGGGUCCUGAACUUCUCCUUUUAGAGUUAUGACUUGUUUGAUUUUUAGGAUAAAUGCUAGUUUGACUUUUGUAAAUAUUUGUAAGAUUUUUAUAAAGAAUAAAUUAUUUGUUUUCCUUAA